AUUCGGUGUAGUUUAGCAGAAGGGAUCCGGAGUCUGCACUUAACUCUCAGUUCCCCAUCUAGAAACAGUAUUACGAGUGCUUAGGCAGUGGUGAGCUCACUGAGCUCUGUGCUGUUUGCUGGACUGGAGAAGCAAGUAGAUGAUGUCCAGAAAGAGAGAGACUCUGGCUGAUGCUUGGCCCACAGGAGGAGUGGAUCGCAGUUCUGGAGGGACUACCAGGAGCACCAGAGCAAAUCCAAAUGGACGAGGCGCUUGCCAUGAAACAAUGCAGAAGGCCCGUGAGCUCUUCCAGUUGUGUGACAAAGAGGAGAAGGGCUUCAUCACCAAGAGGGACAUGCAGAGAUUGCAGAAUGAACUACCUCUGACCCCAGAGCAAUUGGAAGCUGUCUUCGACAGCCUGGACCAGGAUAACAAUGGCUAUUUAACACCAGCAGAAUUCAGCAUGGGAUUUGGACAAUUCAUAGGUAUCAAGAUAUUGCCGGCAACGGAAAGGCUAGAAAGCUCCAAGCUUGAGGAAACAUUUGAGUCCGGCUGGUCUGAUGAUCUGGAUAUCAUAGAUGAUGUGGAGGAGAAGCGAUUUUGUUUCAUGAUGCAGCAACUCGGUGCUUCACAGAUCUUCGAGGAUCAAUAUGAAGUGAGGGAGUUAUGGACCAGGUUAAGGAGGGACAAGCCUGAGCUGCUGGCUAACUUUGAACAGUUUUUAUCUAAAGUUUCAACACACAUCCAGGAGGUGCAACAUGACAAGGAAACCAUGGAACAGGCAUUGAAACGAAGGGAAUGUGACCAUGACCGAGAGGUACGAUACUUGUAUGAAGAAAUGGAGCAACAGAUCAAGAAAGAGAAAGAAAAGCUAUUGAGUCAGGAUAUGUGGAAGCAUAGUGACCGAAACCAUCAACUGCAGAGAGAACUGAAGAGUAAGGAGCAGGACUUAGAAAAUAUCAUUCUAAAGCAGAAGAAGUUGGAACAACAACUUGAGGAGUUUAACUGUGAACACACAGAAACUAGGAUUCAGAAUGAAAAGUUGAGGCGGAUGAAUGAGGACCUGCAGGAGCAGCUGGAUAGGACUAAGCAGGACUUGGAGACUACGCGAUUCAACCUACAGUUUCUUCAAGAUGAGGUGCAGUAUGACCAUCAGCAGAAAGCCAGGGAUGUCUUGAAGGUCUCAAAGAACAUGCAAAAGGAAAGAGAAAGUCUACUGAGACAGCUGGAACUUCUCAGGGAGAUGAACAAAAAACUACGAGAUGAAAGAGAUGCCUAUGAAGCCAAGAAGCUGAUCUCCCCCAGCAAAAAACCUUUGUUGAAGAGAGGUUCAGUGAUAGGGAAUUACCUGGUGGAAGACAAGCCAGUCAAACGACAGCUCGUUGCUGCAGAUCAAUCUCUCAUCACCACAGAGGAAGUGACAUCGGAGCCCAGCAAGAAGAACUGUAAAUAUGUAUCCAAGGAGACAGGCACAGACAAUGCUGGUGCUGAAGGGCCAUGCAGUCCAAUGUCGACAGAAGACCAAAGACCGCCAGAUGAGGCUGCAGGCUGCAGGGUAGGUGGACUACCUUUACACACCUCGGAAGAAGAAGAAGAAGAAGAAUUGGGUGAGGCUCCACUUUCACCCAGAGGCCAGCCUAUUGGCAUAGAAACAGCGGAGUCUGAGGCAUGGGGUUCUUCCCCUGAUAGAAUAUUUAAAGUGGUGUUUAUUGGGAACUCCGGUGUUGGAAAGAGCUCGUUUAUCCAUCGAUUCUGCUAUGACCGAUUUCUCACAGAAAUUAAUGCUACAAUUGGCAUUGAUUUCCAAGUAAAGAGCUUGGUUGUAGACAAAACCCGUGUGGCAUUACAGCUGUGGGACACUGCAGGGCAGGAAAGGUUUCGCAGCAUAACCAAGCAGUACUUCCGCAAAGCUGAUGGCGUGCUGGUGGUGUAUGAUGUCACGUCUGAGACCUCGUUUACUGCUGUCAGGAACUGGAUGACCAGUGUCCAGGAAGGAAUGGACGAGAAGGCAGCAAUUUGUCUACUUGGCAACAAGAUCGAUGCUCUAGACUGUGUACCACGGCAGGUGUCAAAAGCAGAAGGUGAAAGGUUAGCAGAGGAGUACAAUGCAGUAUUCUAUGAAUGCAGUGCCAAAUCAGGGUACAACAUAAUGGAACCACUAAUGCAUGUGGCAAGAUUGCUGAGUGAGCAGGAAGACAAACAGAAAGAAGAUGCCUUGCGUUUAGAUGAUGACUGUAACAAGAAAAAAGGCUGCUGCAAAUGA